UUUGCGGGCGUGUCCAGCAGCGAACACAGGUCAUUAUUUCACUUGACUUUCCUGCGACAACAUCGCGGGUAAAUGAAAAUCCCAACCUUUUAUAAGCCUGCGCGUAUGGGUGAGAACAGGUUAAAAAGAAAAAUGGCUGAGCAAAUUGACAGAAUCCUCAUAAUGCAAUAUAAAAAACUGCUGCGGAAAAAUAAGCCUUUGCCAGGAUGGCUUCAUGAGCUCUUCAACGAUCAAGUUAUUCAAAUAGAUUUGCUCAGUUCGGAAAAUGAGGAUGAUGACGUUGCUUGUAAUAUGGAAAGCACAACAGAAAUAUCCCAUCCAAAAAGGGAUAUUUUGACGAUUGAUAAAGAAUUACCAAAUAUAAGUCUGGGACAUCAACUAGAUAUGAGCCCAGUUGUGUUAUUAAAAAAACUGACGCCGUCGAAUGUGGAGCAAAUAACAAAUAAUUCCGAGGGACUUCAAGGAAAUAGUGCUGAACUCCUAGAUGUCGUUUUAGUAAAAUCAAAUAAUCAGUAUGCGCCUGAGAGUGUGAAUUAUCGACCACCACCUAAAAGAAACAAAAUUGAUACUGUCUGGGUGUGCAACACCGACUCAAAAAUGAUGGAACGAAACACAAAGAUUUGUAUUAUAUGCAAUUCUAAGCCGCUGAAUAUCACAAGGCAUUUUAUACAUAUGCAUAGGACGGAAUCCUAUGUUUCUCGCUUGAGCGAAGAAACUCUAACACGUCUGCGUAAUACCAUCUCAUAUAUACCUCUUGACGAGGUAAAUGGUGGAGAUAUUGAUAGUUUUGAGGCUGUCAAAUUUACGGUAAUUUGUCCGUUUUGCGACACUCGUGUAACGGAUGUUUUUACGAAUUUCUACAACCACUUUUCGUCCCAUACGGGUGAAUACGCUUUUUGCUGUAAAUAUUGCAAACUGAAAAGACCGUAUUGCCAGGAUAUAAUGGCUCACCAAAUGCGGUCAAAAAAAUGCUGUGAUACAGGUGCUUUAACAAUCUAUUCAUACAGCUCGAAUCAAGGGAUUAUUCAUAUUUUUCGAUGCACCUUAUGCAAUUUUGUACAACUGAAUUCAGCAAACGUGGCAAAGCAUAUUGUUGAUCAUCAUGGUACCCAUUACGGAGAAAGCUCUAUUGAAAAACUAGUUAUUGCAAGAAUUGAUGUUGAAAAUACGGAAGCUAUUUCAACAUCGCCAACCACAUAAAAAAAGACACGCACGAAAAUGAAUCCUAAGUUAAUCAUGUUAAAUGUUUUUGAAACUUUGAUAUUAUUAUAAAGCAUAAAUAAAUAGGAAUUAAAAGCCUAAGUUCCCA